UCCUCGACGUCCAAGAUGUACAACUGGCCGUUCAUCUCGCUGACGAUGGUCCACAUGGCUUUCUGCUGCCUCCUCGCCUUCCUCAUCCACCGCGUCCUCCGCCCUCCGCGACCUAGACAACCGGCUCCCGCGAUGACGCGCGCCUACGUCUCCCCGUCCGUCCCCAUGGCGGCCCUCUACCGCUCUCCCUGGGUUUCCAACUCCGCCUACAUCUACCUCUCCGUCUCCGCCCAAGAUCUCAAGGCGACUGAGCCGUCGCCCGUCUACUCCCUCGGCGUCCUCUUCAAGAAGGAGUCCUUCAGGUCCUCCCUCCAUGCCAACAAUGCUCUCCAUUCCCUCGGCGUCGCCAUCGCAGCCUACGGGGAGGCCAGGCUUCGACGCCUGGGCGCUCGCCUCUGCUGCCCCAGCUUCGCCGCCGUCGCCGUUCGGGAGGCCACGCGCCUCGUCCUCAUACCAGACCUGCUCACCACCCAAGGAUGCUCGCUCAACCCAGUCUCCCAUCACUACGUCGCCCCCUGCUGCUCGCCUUGCCCCUCCGCCCCGUGGAUGGUCUCCGUCGAGCUGCUCCUCAGGCGCACCUCCUCCUUCCGCUUCGACCUCUUCGUCUUCGGCACCAACUCGCUCUGCGCCUUCGCGCUCAACCUCGCCGUGUUCCUCCUCGUGGGGAAGACCUCGGCCCUGACGAUGAACGUGGCCGGGGUCGUGAAGGACUGGCUCCUGAUCGCCUUCUCCUGGUCGGUGAUCAGGGACACGGUGACCGCGGUGAACCUGCUCGGCUACGGGAUUGCUUUCCUCGGGGUGGCGUACUACAACCACGUGAAGCUGCAGGCUUUGAAGGCCAAGGAGGCGCAGAAGAAGGCCAGCUCGGGCACCCUGCUGGAGGAGAGGGACGGGGAGCACCACCCGAGGAAGAACGACUCGCAGGCGUAGGCCCCUGUUCGAUCUCGGUACUGAUUUCACUGUCACUCAAUUUUUAUACUGCUUAGUCUGCAGGUGUCGCUAUUGUUUAGGCUGUUGCUGGUAGUUUGAGGGGGGAGAGGGACGCGGGAGAGGGGGAGGAUGCGUCUUAGAUUAGGUUGAUUUGUUGGUGUAUUGAGAUUUCUGAUAUGGUUACCGGUACCUUUUGAUUAUUAUUUUUCAUGGUUUUAUUCAUCAAAUCUGUUGAACUCCUGAGAUCUGGGCUCGUGGUAUUCCGCUGAUUGUAGUGGUAUUGCGCUCAAUUUCUUUACUUGUUUUGAUAGAUCUAUUGUUUUGAUAGAUCUAGGUUGAUUGUCAAUGAUAUCGAUGAGGAUCUGAUGAUAUCAAUGAGGAUCUGGUAAUCUAUUGUUUUGAUAGAUGUGCA